UGUUGUUGUUGGAGACAAAUAAGGUCAAGUUAGGGUUGGAGUUGGAAAAGCUAAGGAAGUUAUUGCUGCUGUCUAAAAAUCAGCUCUUAAUGCUAGAAGAAAUAUUUUUACCGUACCUAUGACAAAGUAUUUGACUUUUCCUGGCAGAUCUGAGGGAGAUUUUGGGGCAGCAAAGGUGAUGCUCAGACCUGCCUCACCUGGUACUGGAGUGAUUGCUGGAGGUGCUGUGAGAAUUGUUCUCGAAAUGGCAGGUGUUGAGAAUGCGCUGGGAAAACAACUUAGGAGUAAGAAUGCGCUCAAUAAUGCGAGAGCCACAGUUGUUGCGGUGCAAAAAAUGAGGCAGUUCAGGGAUGCUGCUCGUGAACGUGGGUCCCCAAUGGAAGAACUGUGGAAAUGAGUUGUUCGGAAGAAGCUUUAGUGAUUUUCCCCCCUUGAAUAACCUUUAUUUGUAUGCCUCCAAUGUACAUUCUGUACAAGGUCAUUGUGAUUCAAAAUAGCAGCAACAAGAACAAGAUUCAUUCAUUUUUCUUUCAUGUUUGUUGCCCAA